AUGGAUGAGAUGAGCAAAUAUCGCUUCUUCAACGACUCGCUGGCGCUGGAUAUCUAUGCUCUCUUCAAGCCGAAUUUCGUCAAAGCCUUGGAUGAACAAUGUGCUGACUAUGAAGAAUUUGAGAAAUCAGAAAGUAUUCUGUUACAAGGCAUCAUUUACUUGAUCAUUGGCACAUCAUUCGUCAUUUUAUAUCUUCUCUGCCUUGUAGCAAUGGCUCAACAGAAAUUUAUGAAGAUUAUCUGCUACAGGAUACUUUUUGUCAUCGGUAUCGUCGAUAUUUUCAGCAUGACACCAAACUCUUUACUACCAGGCUAUCUCCUCAUCAACGGUUACUCUUUCUGUGAAAGUCCACUACUCAAUUUGUACAUUGGAUCUGGAUGUUUUCCCCUCUGGAGCACCUAUUCAGCGCUAAGCAUCGUUUUGGCUUUGAAUCGUUGUGUUGAUUUCAUCAGUACGAAAUAUCAGGAUGAGCUCUUCGGCGGGAAACGUCUAAUCUUCUGGAUGAUUCCUCCAUUCAUCUACGGGACCACUAUCUAUUUCACCUAUCCACCACUCGUCUUCCACACACCAACCGCCAGCUAUUACUUCGCUGCUGUACCUGAUUUCUCAGAAACUCCGAUCAUCUUCUUCGUGAACAAUAUCUCUCUUCAAUGUUUUGGGAUUUGCACGACUGUUCUGAUCACCGGUCUUUUUUAUGUCGGAAUGCAAUUCAUCGAACUCCCACAAUUCAUGUACACUGUUACAAAUCUAUCAUGGCAAUUCUCAAAUGGCUCAAUGGCAAUUUUCUACAUGGCAAUCAACAAAUCGAUGCGUCGCGAGAUCUAUGCUUCAUUCAAAGCGAAUUUUGUUGAAGCUCUUGAUGAAGAAUGUGUGGGAACGGUGGAUAACACAAAAAAGAUCGUUUUUCAAGGCGUUUUCUAUUUAUUUCUUGGCACAUCUUUUGUCAUUUUAUAUCUUCUCUGCCUUGUAGCAAUGGCUCAACAGAAAUUCAUGAAGAUCAUCUGUUACAGGAUACUCUUUGUCAUCGGUAUCGUUGAUAUCAUCAGCAUGACACCAAAUUCUUUGUUACCAGGCUAUCUCCUCAUCAACGGUUACUCGUUCUGUGAAAGUCCAUUGCUCAAUUUGUAUAUUGGAUCUGGAUGUUUUCCGCUCUGGAGCACUUACUCAGCACUGAGCAUCGUUUUAGCGAUCAAUCGUUGUGUUGACUUUCUUGGGCCAAAAUUUCAAGAGGAGCUCUUCGGCGGGAAACGUCUAAUCUUCUGGAUGAUUCCUCCAUUCAUCUACGGGAUCACUAUCUACUUCACCUAUCCACCACUCGUCUUCCACACACCAACCGCCAGCUAUUACUUCGCUGCUGAGCCACAGAAUUCGAAAACGCCAAUCAUUUUCUUUAUCAACAAUGUCGGUGUCGCAAUCAGUAUCUUCAUCUUAAAUCUCUUUAUGCUCUUUUUUAUGUGGAGAAUGAAUCGAAAAAUGAAUACAUAUGCGAAUAAUUUGCAGAAAAUUAUCUCCCUUCAAUGUUUUGGGAUUUGCACGACUGUUCUGAUCACUGGUGUUUUCUAUGUUGGAAUGCAAUUCAUCGAACUCCCACAAUUCAUGUACACUGUUACAAAUCUAUCCUGGCAAUUCUCAAAUGGUUCAAUGGCAAUUUUCUACAUGGCAAUCAACAAAUCGAUGCGUCACGAGGUGAUUCGACUCGUUUGUGGACAUCCACGCCGAUCAACGGUCCAAAUAACACUCACUUCGAAAGAAACA